CACAAUAAAAUUACAAUUUUCAAAGAAGCAAAGGAGUAUAUAGAUUUCCCGCUUGCCAUAUGAUUAUUUUCGGGCUACCCAAUUUUACACUCUUAGUCGAGCAACAUUUCAUCUUCACGAGUUUAAGAUUGUUCCUUUCAACUAUUCUUACGAUUUUAUGGAGAAAUCUUGUGAUUAAGGUUAAAACUGCAGAGCUACAACAGUGAUGUAUGAAUAUUUCUCAUUUUCUUCACCAACUCCAACUCUGCGCCAGACGCCAAUCCGCAUCAGCCGCCGGAAAACUCCAUUCUCAGAUUAUCAAAGCUGGUUUCGACAAAUCCAGCCUUCUUUCAAACACCCUUUUGGAUGUAUAUGGCAAAUGCGGUCUCAUUCCACAAGCCCUCCAACUGUUCGAUGAAAUGCCCCACAGAGACCAUGUCUCCUGGGCCUCGAUUCUCACCGCCCAUAAUAAAGCCCUUAUUCCCCGACGGACCCUUUCAAUGCUUAACAUCAUGUUUACGAAUGAUGGGUUGCAGCCUGAUCACUUUGUCUUCGCCUGCAUUGUCAGAGCCUGCUCCAGUUUAGGGUAUUUGCGGCUAGGUAAGCAAGUUCAUGCUCGGUUUAUGCUAUCUUUUUUUUGUGAUGAUGAGGUAGUUAAGUCGUCUUUGAUUGAUAUGUAUACUAAAUGUGGGCAACCCGAUGAUGCUCGGGCCGUUUUUGAUUCCAUAUUGUUUAAGAAUUCCGUUUCUUGGACUUCUAUGAUUUCUGGGUAUGCUAGAAGUGGGAGAAAAUGCGAGGCUAUGGACCUUUUUCUGCAAGUUCCUGUGAGAAACUUGUUCUCUUGGACUGCUUUGAUUUCGGGGUUGAUUCAAAGUGGGCAUGGAAUUUUCUCGUUUUCUUUGUUUAAUGAGAUGAGGAGAGAAGGAAUUGAUAUUGUAGACCCUUUGGUUCUUUCAAGUGUUGUUGGAGGUUGUGCAAAUUUGGCUCUCCUGGAGCUUGGGAAGCAAAUUCAUGGCUUGGUUAUAGCUCUUGGCUUUGAGUCUUGUUUGUUUAUAAGUAAUGCACUCGUGGAUAUGUAUGCUAAAUGUAGUGACAUAUUAGCAGCUAAGGAUAUUUUUUAUAGAAUGCCACGAAAGGAUGUGAUUUCUUGGACUUCAAUCAUAGUUGGGACUGCUCAACAUGGCAAAGCAGAGGAGGCAUUAACAUUAUAUGAUGAGAUGGUUCUUUCCAGAAUAAAGCCGAAUGAAGUGACUUUCGUUGGAUUACUUUAUGCUUGCAGUCACGCCGGACUAGUUAGUAGAGGUCGCGAAUUAUUUAGGUCUAUGACAACUGAUUAUAGUAUCAAUCCUUCUCUCCAGCACUACACAUGUUUAUUGGAUCUCCUGAGUCGCUCCGGACACCUUGAUGAGGCCGAGAAUCUACUCAACGAAAUACCAUUUAAACCCGAUGAGCCUACAUGGGCAUCGUUAUUGAGUGCAUGCAAGAGACAUAAUAAUCUGGAAAUGGGAGUUCGAAUUGCUGAUCGUUUGUUGGAUUUAAAACCUGAAGAUCCUUCAACAUACAUACUCUUAUCAAAUGUUUAUGCUGGAGCUGAAAUGUGGGAAAGUGUUUCAAAGGUGAGAAAGCUGAUGAAUUCUAUGGAAGUAAGAAAGAAACCAGGUUAUAGUAGUAUCGACUUUGGAAAGGAUAGCCAAGUAUUUCAUGCUGGGGAGAGUUGUGAUCAUCCUAUGAAGAAUGAGAUUUUCAAUCUACUGAAGGAUUUGGAUGCAGAAAUGAGAAAAAGAGGCUAUGUUCCUAACACUAGCUUUGUUUUGUAUGACAUAGAGCAACAAGAGAAGGAAAAGCAGCUAUUUUGGCACAGUGAGAGAUUGGCUGUGGCUUAUGGACUUCUCAAGGCUGUUCCUGGGACGAUUAUUCGAAUAGUGAAAAAUCUUCGCAUUUGUGGAGAUUGUCAUAAUGUUUUGAAAUUUAUUAGUGAUAUUGUGAAAAGAGAAAUUGUGGUCCGCGACGCCACAAGAUAUCAUCAUUUCAAGGAAGGAAAAUGUUCUUGCAAUGAUUUCUGGUGACUCUAGGUAAUUUCGCGGGAUCCUCUUCUACUUAUCUCAAAAAUUCUUUGCCCAAAAAGGUACGAAAUGAAGUUCUUCUACGCACUUUUAUGUAUUCUGGGUCUGUGGGGUGGGGGGUUACCAAGCCAUAUUGCUAACAGAAGUAGAGAAAUUACCAAAUCAUGUUAGUAACUUAGAAUUUCUUUGCAUAUUUUGUUGUUCCUUUGAAGCCAAAUCAUCCAUAAAACAGCUUGAAUUCUUCUAAAGGACUUUUGCCUUUCCCUUCAACCACUGACCUUUAAAGGCUCAUAUUGUAAAUUCUGCAUUAAGGAAGCCAACAUUUAGCCACAAUCAAAUUAAUAAAGCCUGAUAACUUGAAGGAUUCAUAUAAAGGAUGAGAUUUUCACAUCUGAGGGAGAUAAAUUAAGAAAUGAGAAGAAGCUGCCGAUCCUAAUAGUACUUAUAUUUGGCAAACUGGAGACGAAAGACCAUGCUCUCGACCGUACUAACAUUCGAGGAUUACUAAUCAAUGAACCCUUCAAGCCACUUUGACAUGAUGUGAAUCCUAUCAAGAAGAGGAAAAAUAGCACCUUUGGCAUAGUCAAAACUGGAUUUGUUAUAUGGAGUAUUCACUCGAAUGUACGCAGGAAGAUGCUUGAUUUAAGAUGUGUUUGGUAGUAGUUUUAGAAUUUUGAUUUUGGUUCAAACCACAGUUUAAAAUGUAUUUGAUAUUAUAUUUAUAAAUCAUAAUUUUUUUUAUUUAGUUUAAUUCUGCAUUUUAAAA